AUGAAUCAAGUUUUGCAAAAACGAGAUCUUGCACGAUUGACACUCUUGACAAAUACAUCGACCCUUGCUGAUGCACAAAUGGUUAUGAACGCGUCAAUUCAAUACGCACUUGAACAACAAUUGCUAAUAAACAAUUAUCAAGAUCAGUCGAACAUCUCUAUAUUGCAAAUGUCUGCCGAUACAGAUGAUUCCAGUAACAUGAGGAGCUUUGUCUGUAGUGUUACAUUAGACUUUGUCAUUAUGUAUACACAUGAAUGUUUAACCUGUGAUCAACGUCGACAACUGAUUAUUUUCAAUCAAUUGUGCUCAUAUAAACAACUGUCAUCACCAAUCUAUUUUUUGAUACAAAAUUCGAACCUGUCUUAUACUGUUUCGAGCGCAAUUACAGUUUACACUCCGUAUAUUUCCAUUGAAAACAUCGUUGUCGUUACCAUUUUCUCUGCCAAGAGUUGUACGAUGAUUGUUUCUACCAGUAAAAGCAACUACAUUGCAACGUUAGAUGCGACAAGCACACAAACUUCGGCGAGUCAAAACGAUGGGCCUGUUCCACUCGUCGCAGCUUCUACUAUGUAUCCUGCACUGACACAAAUAAUUGAACGCCAAGCACAAUUUCCUAAUGGUUCGAAUGCAUUUAAUAUUACCAUCAGUAAUGUCAUUUUGCAAUUUUGGUAUUCUAAUAGUACGAUUCAAAUGAUUAGUGAUUUUAUGAUCAAUUUUGCGACAAGUUGCGAUACUUCAUGCAUGAAUCAGAGAAAUAUACAAAUAACAAGUCAAUUAGGCAGCUUGACGAAUACCUCAAUUUAUAUGCAGCCAGCAAAUAUGUCGAAUGGACAAGUUCAAAUUCUGAAAAACGGUGUUUACGCUUCGUACGAUUAUUCUCUGACAACUCAAGUCAUCACCAACUUUAGUGGAACAAUCGUUCACACAAGUUCACCAACACUUACGAUCAUUUAUUGA